AUGGUCGAGUUCGGGGUUCGCAGAUAUAGGGCAAUGAACCCGACCGAACCGAACUUCGGCACCACUAAGACACCUACUAGUGGCGAUAUCGAAUGGGACGUCUGGCCUGAUGGCCACAUCACACGAAUUUACUCGCAUGAAGAUGCCAAACGACCUGAGGUCAAUGAUUUCCAUAUCCACUGGGCUUGCGAGGGUCUAGGUGCACCUCGAAAGCAACAUAGAGGCUCGCUUGAUGCCUUAGAGUGGCAGGAAGGUGUGCGUACUACUCAUCGACGCUGCAACUUGAAUGGCGGCAUUGUAUGUGCCAACCAUGAAUCCAAGGGUGGAUUGUGUGCUAUUGUCAUCCGUCCUACUACGACCAAGAAACUCAUUGCCAAACAGCUUGAGGCAUUGUGAUCUUGUGGUGCCAUGCUCGUCCAUAAUAAUUGUGGUAUAAUUUAUGAUCUUUUCAAAUUUUCAGAGGGUGUGUGCUUCAUUCAUCGAGGCUUUCACCACCACAUUCGCCUACCAUGACGACUGCAUCUGACGAAAAUGGAAUCACAUCACUUCCGGCAAGUCAUCAAGGAGCACCCCCGCAUGGGUGCAACACAGCUUGUGAUGGGCCGCCCGGGCAUCGAUGGACCGCAGGAGUCAGUUGCAACCAUCUCUCCGGAGCUUCUGAAUACAGCCAG